AUGGAAGAUUACACUGGUGGAGUGAGAAGAAUCCACGUGGCGCAUUUGAGGGAUAAGAAGCUGGGAAGAAACUUGCUCGAGGAGAAGAGAGAAAGUAGCGAGAUCAUCAUGAGAGGUCAGGAAGAGGAAGCGCCGCCGACGAAGAAAUUUGGAAACGUAUCCGACAACGACAGAUCCGAAAUCUACAGCCAGGCGGGGGCAGCCGCGGCGGUGACCGCCGGAGAGUUGACUCCGCCGACGCAGCGUAGAUUCGCUAGUCCUGGAUUUGUUGCUAAUGGCGGCCUCGCUCUCGGGCUGCAAUCGAACGUGGACGUCCAGAAUAAUGGGAUGAUGGCCGGCGUCGCCUCCGGGAGCGUAGGAAGCAGGGAAAAUGCGGAAUAUUCCAGCAACCGGAACAGGGAAGACGACGACGAUAGCAGGUCGGGGAGCGAAAACUUGGACGCCAUCUCCGGCGACGAUGCCGAUCCGGGGAUUAAUAGUAGUAAUCGUCGCCGGAGGAAGCGAUACCACCGCCACACCCCGCAACAGAUUCAAGAACUUGAAGCGAUGUUUAAGGAUUGCCCUCACCCGGACGAUAAGCAAAGGCAGGAUCUCAGCCGGCGGCUCCGCCUGGAGCCCCGGCAGAUCAAGUUCUGGUUCCAGAACAGGAGAACGCAAAUGAAGACGCAAAUCGAGAGGCACGAGAAUUCGAUACUGCGGCAGGAAAACGACAAGCUGCGAGCUGAGAACGUGCAUUAUCGGGACAUGAUGAUCAACCCCCGGUGCCCUGAUUGCGGCAUGCCGGCGACGCUCGGCGAGAUCUCGCCGGAGGAACAGCAGCUCCGGAUCGAGAACGCCCGACUCAAGGAGGAGCUCGACCGCGUCUGUACCCUGGCCGGCAGGUUCAUCGGCAAGUCGUUCUCUUCCCUGUCUGUCCCGGCGGCAACGCCCAUGAGCAGCAUCUUCGAGCUCGGUGCCUCCGUCGCGGCCGGCAACUACGCUGCCGGCGGGCUUUCCUUGGUUCCACCUUCAGUCGGCGCCCUUCAUCCGGACUACAACGCGGUGGUCAACCCGAUAAUCCCGCCGCCGCCGGGGAUGCAGGGGGGCGAGCGGGGUUUGCUUGUGGAGCUGGCUCUGGCGGCGAUGGAGGAGCUCGUGGCCAUCGCGCAGCUGGAGGAGCCGCUCUGGGUUCGUGGCUUUGACGGCGCGGCGGAGACGCUGAACUAUGAACAGUACUGCAAGUACCGCCGGAUCACCGGGCUCUCGCCGGUGGGAUACACGCCGGAGGCGACGAGGGAGUCCGGGAUGGUGCUCAUAAGCGCCAUCGCUCUCGUCGACACCAUGAUGGAUGCCAAUAAAUGGAUCGAAAUGUUCCCCUGCAUCGUCACCGCGGCGACCGUCGACGAAGUCAUAACACCCGGCGUCCCCGGAACAAGAGACGGAGCGCUGCAAAUCAUGCAAGCGGAGCUGCAAGUGUUGUCGCCGUUGGUGGCCGUCCGCGAGCUCCGCUUUCUCCGGUUCUGCAAGCAGCACGGGGAGGGAACUUGGACCAUCGUCGACGUAUCCGUCGACAGCAUCAGGAACGGCUGCGGGUUAAUCCCGGCGAGCUGCCGACGUCUGCCUUCCGGUUGCCUGGUGCAAGAUAUGGCUAAUGGCUACUGCAAGGUGACGUGGGUAGAACAUACCGAGUACGACGAAGAGCAAGUGAGUCAAAUGUACAAGCAUCAUCUACGCUCCGGCACGGCCUUCGGCGCUGGCCGGUGGGUCGCCGCCCUGAGGCGCCGCUGCGAGGUCGUCGACCUUCUCACGUCCUCCAUCGCUCGCCGCGACCUCGACACCGGCAUGAUGCUUGCGCAACUCAGCAUGCUGAAGCUGGCGCAAAGGAUGACGCGGGCGUUCGCUGCCAGCGUGUGCUCGUCGGCCGUCGGGGAGUGGCGCAAGUUGGAGCAGGAUAAUCACAUCGCCGUCACCGCGUUGGCGGCGACAUCGAGCGUGAUGACGAGGAAGAGCUUUCCGGAGGCAGGAGAGCCGCCGGGUAUUGUGCUCUGCGCUUCGACGGCGGUGUGGAUGCCGGUGGCGCAGAGGCGGCUGUUUGAUUUCCUCCGCGACGAGAGCUGCCGGAGCCAGUGGGAUGUGCUCGGAGACGACGGCCCACUUUACAGGAUGACUCACCUCGCCAUGGGACACGACGCGGCCAACGCCGUCGUCCUCCUCCGCUCCGCCGCGGCACAGCAACUGAUCAUUCAAGAGACGAGCAUCGACGCCUCCGGCGAUGCGAUGGUGGUCUACGCGCCGGUGGACGUGGGGUCGAUGCACCAAGUGAUGAACAACGGCGGAGACCCGGCGCACGUGGGGCUCCUCCCGUGUGGCUUCGCCAUCCUUCCAGACGCGAUGGGCGGAGCCGGCGGGCUGAACUCCGGCUCGCUGCUCACCGUGGGAUUCCAAAUCAGCCACCGGACGGCGAGUGUGACCCCGGAGGCGGUGGAGAUGAUCAACGGCCUCGUCUCUCACACUCUGCAAAAGAUCCAAAUCGCCCUCAAUAUACUUACCAAUUGA